UUGAAAAAUAAACAAAGCUCUGCUUCGCCUAUGCUGAAUUUUGUUGAGAAUUUCAGUUUAACAUAGUUUAAGCUGCAACUUGAUUUAAAAUGUUCAACUGGUCAUUCAACUAUGUAAGGCCAGACGAUCAUCCAAUUUCGUCAAAAACAGCGCUCAGCUACCCUUCGCAAAAGAGAAAGGUACUCUUCGAUGACAAAAAGGAAGAUGAAGAAGACACUACCAACUUUGGACAGGGGAUUCCCUUGAAGCCAAUAGACCCAAUGGCUGCUUCUGUUCUGGUCGACUACAGAUGGCCACUCGGGUCUCCUCUGGCUAAAGACUAUUUUGUACAGGAACAUCUGGCCGCGUUCUUGGAUUGUCCUCUUUUCCACCGACGGUUCAGUGACACAGUGUUUUGUCGACCAAUCAGAUGCAAGGAACGUGAAUUCCUUCUCAAAGAGGGAAUCGUGAAGCCAGUUGACGAUUUCGAAGGCCUCGGUCUUCAAGCCUCCCUCUCUGCAGUAGAUGCGGACGAUGCAGUGUACAUCAUGCAGUGUUACUUCCCCAGACAUUUCAUCGCCUACAAGAAGUACUGGCUGCCUGAAACUAAGAGGAGAAGAGUCCAAAUGUACCUGGAAGAUUCUGCGAAGACUAAAAAUGCAAAAUCAGAUAUUUCUGAAAUUUCGAACUUGACUGAUAUCACAUACGAAGAGUUGUAUUGGAACUCAGCCUUGACUUUGAGAAACGGUCACAACCGAUCAAUCAACAGAAUUCGGCAUGCCAACCAUGAACAAGGAGUCAUGGACUUACAGACGAUGAUCAUACACAAACCUAAAGAAGUAUUGAAAGUUUCAGCAUCAAAGAAGAGAAACGAUUUCUCAGUUCCAGAACAUAAACGUUUUCCACUUGCUCUUACGACUGAUCACUACCAGUGCAGCUAUCCGAGUCGUUCUUCUGAUGAACUGCAGUACUUGCCUCUCUUCAAGGUCUCCAAAGCAGCUGCUGUUCUGGACGACUUUCACACGAACACCGAGCCGAACUUCAGCGUGAUUGAGUCAGACGAAAACCACAACGAAGUGGAAGUAAAAUCGGAAGAUAUUUCAAGUGUUGACUUUGCGAAUGAGAAGGUGGUAGGGUUGAAAAAUGAAAUGAUGAAGCGAAGGUCACAGAAACAAGGUUCCUUUUUUGUGACAAUUGGUCAUCCACAGUUAGAAGACAUUUGCUACAUCUGUUUUUCCUCAUCUGAAGUCAACAAGUUCUCCAAGCCAGAAUCUCUCAUCGCUUGUUUCACCUGCAAAGGGUCUUACCAUCUGAGCUGCUUAAAGUUGCCUUCUGAUCUCCGAAACCAUUUCUUAAGCAUUAGUUGGACUUGUUUCAAAUGCAAAAAAUGUCAAAUGUGUGAACAAAAAAUUGAAUCAUUCCAAUUUGCUGACUAUCAUUUCCAAAAUGAAAAAGUGUUCCGAUGUUGUAAUUGCGACAACGUUUAUCAUUCGGAAUGUGUUUCUGUGAACAAAACUGAAAAUCGGUUUGAUUCCUUUAAUCCGAUUGGUCGAUGGGCUUGUCCGAGAUGCGGUAAUUGUGCUUCGUGUCUCGCAAGGUGGUCGUUUGAAUGGAAAAUGGAAUUCACCCGACCACUUGAAGGGUCAAAGCGACCGCGAUUUUUACAGACUCAUUGCGUAGACUGCUCGAAUAAGUUCAAAAAAGGUCAUUUCUGCGCUUUAUGUUUAAAAGCCUUCAAUGAUGAUCGUAAAAAACUGAUCAAUUCUACAUUGCAAUGCGGAAAGUGUUUUCUACUGGGGCACAUAGAGUGCGACGAACGAAUUCCGACUGUUAAUUUGGCCCAUAUUUUGAAAACUAAUUCCUACAUGUGCCCAAUUUGUCGGGAGGAAGCUGAGAAUUUGAUCAGACAAUCAGCAUCUGGAAGUUCGGAGGAGAAAAGUGAAAUAGCAAAAGCUGCAGUCUAAUGCCUAUGAUUUCUACUUUACACAACAGCUAAAACUAGAAUACUUCAACUAAAACUUACAUUUUGAUGAAGUGAAAAGUUUUUCGAACAUGAAAUUUCAGUGUAAAAUGUUCGAAAAUUUAGAUAAGGAUUCUUUAG